AUGCCCUCGUGGCCGGGUUGGCGCUGCGGGAAUGCCCUCGUGGCCGGGCUGGCGCUGCCGGCGCUGCCGGCGUGCCCCGUCGCAGCAGCGGCGCCCGGCGGCCGCGGCGAGGGCACCUUCCAGGUGACGAUGCUGCCCGGGGACGGCGUGGGCCCGGAGCUCAUGCACGCCGUCAAGGAGGUGUUCAAGGCUGCCAGCGUGCCCGUGCUCUUCGACGAGCACCACCUGAGCGAGGUGCAGAACACGGCGUCCGAGGAGCGGCUCGACCGCGUCGUGGACUCCAUGAAGGAGAGCAAGGUGGCCCUCAUCGGCAAGAUCCACACGCCCAUGGAGUACAAGGGGGAGCUGGCGUCCUACGACAUGCGGCUCAGGCGCAAGCUGGACUUGUUCGCCAACGUGGUGCACGUGAAGAGCCUGCCGGGCUACAAGACGCGCCACAACAACCUGGACCUCGUCAUCAUCCGCGAGCAGACGGAGGGCGAGUACAGCUCCCUGGAGCACGAGAGCGCCAAGGGCGUCAUCGAGUGCCUCAAGAUCAUCACGCGGGCCAAGUCGCAGCGCAUUGCCAAGUUCGCCUUCGACUACGCCACCAAGAAGGGGCGCUCCAAGGUCACGGCUGUGCACAAGGCCAACAUCAUGAAGCUGGGCGACGGGCUCUUCCUGCAGUGCUGCGAGGAGGUGGCAGAGCUGUACCCCAAGAUCAAGUUUGACACCAUGAUCAUCGACAACUGCUGCAUGCAGCUGGUGCAGAACCCCUACCAGUUCGAUGUGCUGGUCAUGCCCAACCUCUACGGCAACAUCAUCGACAACCUGGCGGCCGGGCUGGUGGGCGGCGCCGGCGUGGUGCCCGGCGAGAGCUACAGCGCCGAGUACGCCGUCUUCGAGAUGGGCGCCCGGCACCCCUUCGCGCAGGCCGUGGGCAGGAACAUCGCCAACCCCACGGCCAUGCUGCUCUCGGCCGCCAACAUGUUGCGGCACCUCAACCUGGAAUUCCACUCCAACCUCAUCGCGGAGGCGGUGAAGAAGGUGAUCAAGGUGGGGAAGGUGCGCACGCCCGACAUGGGCGGCUACGCCACCUCGCUGGACUUCACGCAGGCCGUGAUCGCGGCGCUGGACGCCUGAGCCCCCCCCUGCAGCACCAAUAAAGCGGCUGCUGCAGCA